AUGACAAUCGCUACCUUUACGGCACUUUCCGCUGUCACUGCCGUAUUGUUCUUCCUGGUGGGCAACACUUCGGAUAUUCUUUGUGGAACUCUUCGAAGUCCUCUUUCUCGACCUGACAUCAUUGAGUUGGGCGAACGUUACAUGGAUAUUGCACGUAGUAAACGGAAAUCAUCGGAUGACUUCCUGAAUCUUAUCGGAGAUGUUCCUCUUGUGGAUAUAAUCCGAGCAUGCCAACGGAAUGAGACACUUUACGAAGUUAAACGGAAAUCAUCGGAUGACUUCCUGAAUCUUAUGGGAGAUGUUCCUCUUGUGGAUAUAAUCCGAGCAUGCCAACGGAAUGAGACACUUUACGAAGUGUUCGAGCUCGACAAAUUAUACCACCUUAAAAGGUUAAAGGUCUUUGAAAAGGAUGAAUACGAGCAGCUAGAAGCACUUCUCCAGCUGACGUUUGAUGAUCUACCUACUUUCGAUUCUUUCAACAAUACGAUUUCUUCGGGCUCUUUCGAUCGUCUACAGCAACUUGCUGCAGUUGAGAUACCACAGAUCGAUCAUGCGAUAAUUCUAGAUAUUGAAGCUGCAAUAUCAGCUUUGGACAUCUCAGCAAAGACUAAGGCAUUUGAAAGCAAUAUCGAUGCGAGCUGGGUGCGACCCAAGGUUGUGUCAUCGGUAACGAUUGACUCGCAGCUGGCGCGUCCUCUUCGUUUGAAACUUGAAGCGAUAGCUAAAAACUUGACACGGAUCAACGAGAGAAUUACUGGCAUGAAAAUUCCCGUCAAUUCGUUGCUUGGAAAGUUACAGCAUUCGCAAGCGCUGCUAUCAGAAGAUUUGCGAAACAGCUUACAUAAAGCAGCUCGACAGCAAUUGCAAGAAAUUGUUGCCAACGUCGAUGCCUACGUUGAUCACGUUAAGCAGGAGAUGCAACGAGAAGUAUCUUCUUGUGCGCCCAUAAUGGAGAUUUUUUCUUCAUCAACAGCUGCUGUUUGCGACCAUACCAUUGACCCAAUGAACGGAGCAUGGAUGGCAAUGCUUGUCAGCCUUCUAUGUCUCAUACCCAUCCUUGUGGUCUCCACUUCACUUGUAAAUCUUUAUGACAAAAUGCAUUCAUAUCCGAAGUAUGUCGUUGAAACUCCUCAAGAAAAUCACCAAAUGUCUUCAUUCAUAACGGAUAUCUAUGAGACACGGCAAAAACCGUAA